CAUUCAAAAGCCGUAGCCGAGCAGCAGAAAUGCUGUUAAAGAAUUCUGAUCUCAUCACCGCCAUCGCAAGUAAAUAAGCUAUAUUCUGUGCAUGAUUUUAGUGCGUUUUAUCGUGCCGUCGUUGGAGUAGAUUUGUGAGAGGCGUUCGACUAGAUUAACGAGCCGAAUAUUUUACGGGUGAAGUCAUCUUCGAGAAAUAUUAUUCUGUUGCUCGACGAGUCGAGAAAGGCUGCGUAGUUUCGUGGAAUUUCAGCAAUUGUGGAAAGUAUAUCUUCUACUCGAAGCGAAAUACACCUUGGAGGGGAUAAUUGCGAGCUGAAACUUGUCUAGCAACAAGACUUACAACAUAUUGAUGAGGUGGAAGUCCAGGGGUGCUUGUAGGAGUGUUCGUGCUAGCUAUAUUGAGUCAAAUAGUGGCACGCUGUGAUAGAAAUGAAGUAUGUCUUUCCACAGCACUCGUAACCUGCCUGACGUAAAUUAAGCAAGAUCUGGAGUGUUUUCAUUCAAAUCAGUCACCCGCUCGGACAUAGUUUAGCGGCGACAACAUUCACAGUUCCAUCCGUUGAAGCAAGAAGACAAGAUGCCAAAACCUCAGACGGUACUUUGUUAUAUUUGUGGCAGAGAGUUUGGGUCGUAUUCGAUAAAUCUUCACGAGCGACAGUGCGCUAAGAGAUGGGAAAAACAGAGAAACAAAGAAAAGGAAGCCGAAAAAAGCGAGCAAAAGCGAAAGAGUUCUACUUCUAAGGAUAAGUUGCGAGAUCCUUGGGUACGAAAGGAUGGGCCUUCGAUAAAAUCACACUCGAAGUACUCUAAGAGUAUGAAUGAUAUUCGAUUACCCAAUGGUGACACGCAUGUUACAGAGAUUGAGAAAGAAAUAAUACAUGAUGCUCGACCCUCAACUGUUACUUUGAAAGACAGGGACAAAGUAAAUGGUGAUCUGUCUGCUGAGGAAACCGAGUUCAACACCACUGCUAGGGACGUAUCACCUGAAAUACCAAAAAUUGCUAGACCAGGAACUGCAGUCUUAAAUAAAAAAUAUUCUUCACCUAUUUUACCAAGUAGAGUCAAUCCAAUUUCGCUAAUGAAGGCAAAGGAUGGUGAGAAUGAGGGACACUCAGAAAAGGGACGUUUGGAAAAGGAAGGACAUGUAGAGAAAGAAGUCAGCACUCUGAUGGAACCAUCGAUCACUUCCCUUAGAAAACACUCAGCACCUGAACAUAUUGGCAUUAGGAUUUCUAAUACCUCACCGGUAUCAUCAACAUCAUCUCAUGCAUCAACAGAUUCACAGGAAACCCCAAUGAGAGUCCCUGAGGGUAUGCCUAGGUUCAGAUCAACCAAAAAUCCAAACCUUUUAGUGUGUUAUAUUUGUGGUAAUGAAUUUGGAUCAAAAUCUUUGAAGAUACAUGAGCCGCAAUGUUUAAAGAAAUGGAAACUUGCUAAUCCAAGAUAUUAUUCGCGAAAGGGAAGCCAUGGAGGAAUGUUUAAGGCUGACUCUGUGAAUGCUAUACAUCACAAGGAAAAUGUUCUUAUGCACAGUAAAAAUGGCAACCUGCCUAACGGCCUGACAAGGAAGGCAACAUUCAAGUCAGCAUCUUGUGAAAAUCUACUUGAUGCAUGCAUGGGUGGUAGAAACUUAAAACCAACCAAUAGUCUACAAGCGUUGAAGGAAUUAUCAAAGUCUCAUAAUAGGCUGUACACCCCAUCAAAAAAACCCACGAUGGAACCCUGUUAUAUCUGUGGUAAGGAGAUCAUAAAACACUCGCUUGCAGUUCAUGAGAAACAAUGCAAGAAAAAAUGGGAUGCUCUAAAGGAGAAGGAUGAGAAGAAGCUCUUGGCAGCCAGCAAAUUACCAUCAAAGAGGCAUUCAGUUCAUCUUCCUGUCAAUAUCAAAGUAGAUAAGACAGGAGAUGUUGAUAAUAAUAAUUUGGACAACCCUCAUAAAAGCCAAGAACAAAUCAGUACAUCAGAAGGUGAGAGACAAAGCACUACGAAAGUAACCAAAGAAAGGAAACCUUCAAAUGUCACUUGCUAUAUCUGUGGUCGAGCAUAUGGUACAGCUUCAAUAUCGAUACAUGAGAAACAGUGUCAGAAGAAAUGGGAGGCAGAGUCAGCAAAAAAGGAAGCUCUUUUGAGACCUAAGAGUGGAAAGAAAAAGACUAAACCCAGACCAAGUUCAUUUGUACUGUAAUAAUGAUGACCUUGAGGGAAUGGAACAGUAUGAAGCAUUACUUAUGAAGUGAGAAGUUAGAUCAUCAUUACUGCCAGUCAUUAAGUGAUCAUUCCUUAUAUUGUAGCCUUUGGUGUCUCAUUAAAGCAAUGUUAAAUGGU